AUGAAUGACCAGGCCGCGCAUGGGCCUGCCGCUCCUAAGCGCAUUCGGCUUUCCCUCGCUUGCAAUCAAUGUCGCAAACGCAAGGUGCGCUGCGACGCCGAGACGCCCAAAUGCCGGAAUUGUGUCUUGCGCGGCGACAACUGCGAGACUUCAGACCCACGAAGACCCGACGGACCAGCCGUGAGGAAGUGGGCGACCAGAGAUGGCCUAUUCCCGGGCGAGCAUCGCGAGCAUCGCGCAGGUUCCAUCAGCGAACGCAGCGCAACUAGCUCUAUGAUGAGCCUUCAAUUCGACCCAACCCUAGCCAAUGCCUCCGAAUCUACACAGCCAGCACAACAGCAACAACAAAAUUCCCCAGGAGGGAAGCAACUCACAUGGGUAACACGCGCAUAUAUGGAAAACACCAAUACCCGGGAUGCGCCUUCUGCAGACCAGAUGCACGACAGCCCAGAUGUUGUCGUCAACACUGAUGAAAGCUCUCAUCGGGUCAAGUACAUGGGCGGCAGCAGUCUCCAAUGCCUCUGCGUUUUCGUCGACCUUUACCUCAGUCGAAAUGGCCAGACGCCCAUGUCAGACAAGUUUCGAUGGGGAAUGAAACAUGUCGAGGAGUUUUCUCUGCCGCUCUCCUUCCAGUUGCCCGAUCUCCCUCCCACCUCGACCCUCGAACCAGCUCUACGCACCUUUUUCGAUCGCAUAUACCCCUUAUUCCCGGUUGUUGAACAACCCACAUUGAUGGCCGAUAUCCAGCGUCUGACAGAACUCCAAGAGUCCAAUGUGAACCGGCUCCAGGGCGCCAUCUCCCACCGUGAUCUCGCUGCGCUAGCCACAAUCUACAGUGUCAUCAGCAUCGGCACCGAUGAGUUUGAGGGUAACAUGACGGAAGCCGGAGAAACAUACAUCAAAGGAGCAUAUACCCUACUAGGGCACCUGACCAGCAUGCCCUACAUUGGCUCUGUUCAAGCUCUACUGGUCCUGGCCAUCGCUUUACGCGGCAGGGGCAAGGAGGGCCAAGCGUGGCAUCUUUUAGGCCAAGCCAUUCGGAUUUCUCACUCAAUUGGUUUGCAUAGGCAUAUCUCACUCCAGAUGGGUGGCGAUAUCCCCAUCGGCUCAUCACCCGGCUACAAGAUGGAUCGUGAGCUACACUCUAGGCUUUGGUGGUCUUGCUAUGCCUUGGAGAAGCUUAUGGAGCUGGAGACUGGAAGGCCUCCAGCUAUUUCUGACAACGACUGCGACCAAUUACUCCCUCGCAUUGACUCCCAACAUUCACAUGACUACUUUAGCAUGUGGGUUUCCCUUGCGAGAAUUUUGGGUCAGAUAAGCGAGCACCUCUACCGCCGGAAAAUGCCCUCUUCAUUCAUGCUCAUGAGUGAGACCGCACGACUAGAUCAGGCGUUGCUUGACUGGUCAAAAGCAAUGCCCGAAGGCAUGAAGCCCGGACACGAUGUGUUUCUCGACGAUGAAGGGCAACAACCCUCAUAUCGUCAGCACAUUGCCAGUUUUCUGUCGCUCCAGUACUAUCAGGCUCAAAUCACUUUGUUUAGGGCGUCGCUCGUCUUCCCCGAGAAAUCAUACGCGAACGAGGUCAAAAAGCAUGGCUCAAAAUUGACAAACAACUUGAGGCUGCUCCAGAACCAAAACAUAUGUAUUGGAGCCGCAAGGUCCAUUAUUAAGCAAGUGCUCGAACUUGCGGAUCACAAUAUUCACUCCCUGAUAUUCACCACGACGCAACCCUUCCUGGCAGCCAUCGUCCUCGCCUUAAAUAUACUCAAAAAUCCACAAAAGCGAAUGGGUCGUUCUGACAUGGAACUGGUCAUCACGGGUACCGAAUAUGCGAGAGAUCACUAUCAGAGAAUUGGCCAGCACGAAGAGUUUAUCCAGGCGGCUUCGCAACUGCCUGAAAAGUUGAAUGCUGCCUUGGAGACCAUGACAUUACACAGGGAGCAUCGACCCAGUGUAACAUCUCAAGGCGUUGGAACGCCUCCUUCAGCUGACACAAGAAUGUCUCCUAGUUUGGUGUCGAUGGGUGUGGCACCUUUCACUCAAGCUGAUCCAUUCUAUGAUCCCUUUCAAGACUUGCCUUUGGACGAGUUUUGGUCCAUGAUUGGUGGAGACUUUGUAAUGAACAGCAACAAUGAACAGAAUAGUUUCUUCUGA